AGAUGCGCGCUAUUUAGUUAACCGUAUCAAGUCAGACGGCUGCAUCAUAUUUAGUUGUUGUCGAUCUCUUUGGUUAAAAAGUUUUAAUAUCAGAAAUGAGUAUCAGUCUUGCUGAAAGUGAUCCUGAAAUUAUGGCAUUAUGCAGGGAGGAAAAAGAACGUCAGAAACUUGGGUUGGAGUUAAUAGCUUCAGAGAAUUUCACAAGCAAAGCUGUCCUGCAAGCCUUAUCGUCUUCGUUUCACAACAAAUAUUCUGAAGGUCAAGUUGGUGCUAGAUAUUACGGUGGUACCGAAAUCGUAGACAAAAUGGAAGCUUUGUGCAAGAAGCGUGCUCUCGCCUUAUUUGGUCUUGAUGAGUCUGAAUGGGGUGUUAAUGUUCAACCCUAUAGUGGAUCUCCGGCUAAUUUCGCCAUAUAUACGGGGUUGGUCGGUCUUCAUGGUCGUAUUAUGGGAUUGGACUUGCCAGAUGGUGGACAUCUUACUCAUGGAUACCAAGCUGCAUCUGGUCGAAAGGUUUCUGCUACAUCGUUGUUCUUCGAGUCUGUUCCUUACAAAGUUGACCCUAAGACUGGAUGGAUAGAUUAUGAACGAUUGGAGAUUGUAGCAAGAUCUUUUCGUCCUAAAUUGAUUGUUGCAGGAACUUCAGCAUAUGCUCGUCACUUGGAUUAUCCGAGAUUUCGACAAAUUGCAGAUUCAGUUUCAGCUGUGUUACUUGCUGAUAUGUCUCAUAUUGGUGGUCUGGUUGCUGCAGGUCUUCACCCUUCUCCUUUCAAGUAUGCUGAUGUAGUGAUGACCACUACUCAUAAAACAAUUCGUGGACCACGAGCUGCGAUGAUAUUCUAUAGAAAAACGGCCAGAUCAAAAGAAAAUGGUGUUGAAAAUGGAUGUCACACUGAUCCUACUUCAACAGACUUUGAACGUCGUAUUAAUGAAGCAGUCUUUCCAGGUUUACAGGGUGGUCCUCACAAUAACACUAUUGCAGCUAUAGCUGUUUGUUUAAAAGAAGCUGCAUCAUCUGAAUACAAAGUUUAUCAAGAGCAAGUGCUCAAAAAUAUGAAACAACUUUGCAAAUCAUUAAAAGCUUAUGGUUAUGAGCUUGUGACUGGAGGUAGUGAUACACACUUAUGCUUGAUGGAUCUUCGCCCAUUAAAAAUAGAUGGUGCUCGUGCUGAGAAAGUUUUAGAAUUAGUUCGUAUCUAUGCAAACAAGAACACUUGUCCUGGUGAUGUUAGUGCUUUGAGACCUGGUGGCUUACGCUUUGGAAGUGCUGCGUUAACAUCACGAAAUUUUCGUGAAGAAGAUUUCGCUAAAGUUUCAGAAUUCAUACAUGUUGGAAUUCAAAUAGCUGUUAAAGCUAAUGAACUUGCUAACAGCAAACUAUUAAAGGAUUACGAAGUACGGUUUUUCCAGUUUAUUAUUAUUAUUAAUUCUUUCAACACAAAGAUAUUGAUACUAAAGGGCACAAAAAUAUAUAUGGACCACACAAUAAGAAAUGGAAUUGUAAAGAGAUAGAGAAAGGAAUGUAUGAUAAAUGGAAAGAUACCGUAAAUGAAUCAAAAUGAGUAAAUAGUUAAAAUUAAUGGAGAAACAGUUCAUCUAAGAAAGUCACAACUUAGAACCUGGUACGUAUGUACAUCGGUUCAGGUUCCCAUACCCUAUUAUCUAACAGAGAUGAAAUUGUCAGGCAGAAUCCCAAAAUAGUAGAGGUAGUAACAGUGUAGUAAACGAGAACACAUGUGGGAACAGUCGAAUGUAUUUGACCACAAAAUUACAGAAUCUUAGUAAAAUGCAGAUUGGGCCAAAACCGGCCUAGGUUGGAAUAGGCCUCCAUCUUUCACUAUACAUAAACUGACUUCAUCAGUCAUGCCACCACCAGCUCUUAUAUAGCUACUUAAGUACACGAACUUCUUACUGCUCAUUAUCAAGAGUGAGAUCAGAUAGAAGCCUCUGUCAGUCUUAUAAAAGUAUUUUGCACUUAGAAGGUGCAAAACAUUCUAUCCCUACAGAUGCAGAUUAAGUGGAUAUUGUGUGGGUUAAGUCUCAUCGCACGUUAAGGCAAUAUCAUCCUCACAUCCAAGAUCGAGUCUUUCUACAGGUAAUCAUAGGUGUCCACAUUACCAUCACCUACUUUAACCAGAGUUGUUUUCAGAAUUUAAUCAUUACCAAAAUUGUCGAGGAAUGUCGUGGUUGAGCGAAUCUCCCUGACUCCAUUGGGCAUGUGGGACAAUAGAGACAGGGGGUCGUUGUGUCGAAGACAUCAAUUUUCUUGAACAUACUCUUCUUCAACACACAGUUCCAGAGAACAAUCUUGUCCAACGAACCAAUCGUGACCUUGAUGUCGAAAAACAUAACGAAAGUUCUGUAAUCAGUAUGGCACUGUUCUAACAUUUGGGGAAGGACAAAGAUUUUAAUCAAUAUAUCGACCAUAAUUAAAACUGACGUGUUCCUCGUGAAUCAAUCAUUCAUGGGUUUUGAGCUAUCUAUGAAGUGUGCCGGAAGUCAACAGUUUGGACACAGUUAGAAGUAGAGUUAUCCCCCGAUAGUUGUUGCAUAGUUGACACAAAACGUUAUUGAAGAUGGGAACGACUAUCGCCUCAUUCCAAGAUGUUAGAACACCGAUUCUCAAACGUUUCCAAAUAACUUAGUUCCUUAACUAAAAGUUAUCCACUAUCCUUAAAUAGAUCUGAGGCGUCAUCGUCCCUUGGUUGAUUUAUAACUCUUCAAGAGUUGAAGUUCUUUGCGGAUUUCAUCUCGUUAGGUUAACGAAAAUUUAUCUUUUGUCAUACCGAUUGCUUCUCACUUCAAGAAAAUUUUCUAAUAUAACAACGCAUAAUUGACUGUUAAUGGGGAUCUAAUCGAUCAGUGCUUUCUCAGCUCUAGUGCUUAGUGUGACGCCAUCAUUAGAAAAACUGGACGGAGAUGUCACAUGGUCUCGAAUAAACGUACGUGAAACAAGCUUUUAGACUAGACAAAUGGAGAGUAUAUGAGUAGUGCUUCAUUAGAGUCUUGAUCAUGGGUCUCGGAUGGAUAACAAAGGUUGAUAUUAAGAUUUUUCAAAGACGUAGAGCCAGUUUGAAUAACACAUUUGGUUUAAGAAAGGCUUGUUCAGAAUUCAUAUACGAUGGUAGCGUUCAACUUUCGAACAGUCGGUAACUUGAGAUGGUUUAGAUACAAUAAAAUUCCCAGCAUAAGCGAGCUGUUGUAUGAGUUGAGAAAUAAAAGAAUAUACGAAAUGAGAAUAAAAGGGAGUAGACAAGUGAUGCCAUGUAAAAUAAAAACGAAUGUGACCAAAUAGUUGUGAAUGUAAUUUGUCAGAAUGCGGAUUGAAGUGAGAAUGAUAUUUUCCAGUUGUGAUUUAUGUGUAUGCUAAGAUACUGCCCAGGUGGUUUUCGUAGGGGCCGCUCUACGAGUCUUCGAUUUAGAGGUCCAAUCCACAAGACAUUUGAGCGACAUUAAGUGAUGCAGUCGUAUGGUAACCGGUGAUCAACAAUGGGUUCAUCCGUCAUUUGUUCCCACAGUAACCCGGAGCUCAUGUGCACCAUUGGUACUGGUUUGGAAUCAGGGUUUUCCAACUUCCCUAAGUGGACUCUGUGCGUGUACCAGUUCUCAGUUGUGCUGUGAAACUAAUGCGUUAAUUUUGUCUCUUUUUUUCUAAGUAUAUGCAAUGAGUAGAGCUCUUUUUAAAAAUGUUUCUUAAGAUACUAAACGAUUAUUCAAAACCAAGGGAUAUUUUAGCUAACAGUUGUUCACAAUAACUUCAUCGCCAGGCUGUACAGUUGUAUAUUUAUACCUCGUGUUUUCAUGUGGUCACUACCUAGCAAAUGAGAAUCGCCCUAGAAAUAGAAUUUCUGACGCUAAUGCAAAGCGGACUAUUUCAACAUGCAGCAUUGCUUAAUUCACAUAUUUAUGUAUACCUUAUUUUGAUCAUUAUAAUAUAGGUUAUGAAUUUUUAACAAGGAGUAGGUUAACAAAGCUACUGAAAACAACCGUUCGCUCAGAUAUUUAUUGUUUUUGCUUCGUGCUUAUGAAUCAAAAAACUUGGUUUGAUCAAAUAUUUCUCUAGAAUUUGGUUUAUAAAAAGUAAUAGUUUAGUUUACUUAUGACUGUGACGUCAUGAAAAUGCACUGUAAAUAUUUUUAUGUAGUUUUUUUUACAAUCACUGAGUAAGAGUGCGUAUUUUAUUAAAUGGGUCAACUACCAAACUAUAUCAUAUGAUUGAUCAUAGAAUUAUCCACACUUAAGUGAGUGCUAACCCAUGCUGUUUAAACAAUAUUUGGUUAAUGCACCAGUGUGAAAUAAACUGUCUGCAUGUGGUUUGGCAUAAAUUAUGUAUUAACAAUGGUCAAGCGAACUAUUUUGAUUCUCCAUUAUGCCUAGUUUUCAUGAAAUCUCCAUCUAAGGGUACGAAGUUCUGUGAUGCGCACGUAGAAGAGAGCGGCAUCUAGUUGAAUAAGUUACUUUUUCUUGGUUGUAACAUGUUUCAGCGUAGAUAAAUAAAAAUAAAAUCCAUUAUCUGUUCAUCAAAUUCUCAAGUUUAUAACGUUACUCAGAUAUGUGUAUUUACUAUAGCUAGUUUCAUUUCUUUCUAACUAGGUUGUUGUUGAAACAAAUGUUGAAGUACGCUCAAUGAUUGAAAAGUUGAGGCUUGAAAUUGAGGAAUUUGCUUCAAAAUACCCUCUACCUGGACUAGAUUUUUAAAAAUUAUGAAAUGUACUAGGUUUUGAUAUUUCUUAAUAACUAAAUUUUAUGAUGU